AUGACAGCCCUCAGUCAACCUGGCUCCAUCGAGCCCACCAUUGCCCUGUCCGAGAUCCAAGCCGUUCUCAACACGUACUGCACCCUCGCCCGUGAGAAUUCUGAUUGGAAACAAAUGGCCACGCUGUUCACGGCUGACGCCAGGUUUCAUUUCGGCCCGGACGGGAGCAUCGUUGUGCAGCCCUCGCAGUUGUCAGCCGUGGUGGGUGGAGGAGAGGCGGCCUACAUCCGUCACCACCUGACGUCGUGGCGCGCCACAUUCACAAGCGACACCGAGGCACGUGUCGAGUCUCAAUUUCUUGCAAUAACUGACCAGGCGCCCCUUGGGAGCCUGGAUCACUGGGGCCGGUGGGAGGACACUUUUGUCAAGUAA